AUGAACUCAAGACAAUCGCAAUAAGUCUUGAGAAAUCUUAUCUCAACUCAGAGAAACUUCUCAAGACUCGUAAACUACGAGACUACUUAGCCACCAGCAGUUGGAUCUGUUCCAAUCAAUCAAUUGGACACUAGAAAUGCCAACAGUAAAUACUACAAUCCAUAUACCUUUGAUCCUCAAAGACUAGACUACCAAGAGGAUGUUAGAUUGGCUGUAAGAGAUGAGUUACCAACAGAGAUUGAUGCCAGCGAUGUUGCUGAAAACUUGUACGCUUACCUCUUUAUGACAGAAUCAACAUGGCCCGCAUUGUUCUUUGGAGCCUGGGCUGCUUUCGAGCCAGAUCCAAUUAUCCACUAUCCAUGGGAGAAAGGUCCACUCUCACCCAUGUUUAGAGGUGAGCAUGCUCUUAGAAGAUAUCCAACUGGUGAGGAAAGAUGUAUUGCUUGCAAACUUUGUGAGGCUACUUGCCCUGCAUUUGCCAUUGUUAUUGAGGCUGAACCAAGACCCGAUGGCUCUAGAAGAACCACAAAGUAUGACCUUGAUUUAACUAAGUGUAUUUUCUGUGGUUUUUGCCAAGAAGCUUGCCCAGUUGAUGCCAUUGUAGAGGGUCCUAACUUUGAAUACGCCACUUUCUACCAUGAAGAACUUAUGUAUGAUAAGAAGAAGCUUAUCGAAAAUGGAGAUAAAUGGGAACCCCAACUCGCAAGAAUCCAAGAGGCCAAGACUAAGACUCGUUGA